ACUCCUUUAUAAUUCAUGGGCUAACGAAGAACCUUCGCAUUCAAGCCAUUGGGUGGUGCUAGUUCAUCCCCCCUUGUGAGCUGUGACGACGUGAUGUCUUCUUCGCCUUCCGACAGCGUUCAGUGUCUCGACCCACCUCGUGAAAUGAGGACCUCAGGCAGCGGCAGCGGCAGCCCCCACGUCGCCGUCCUGGCCUUCCCCUUCGGAACCCACGCCGCUCCCCUCCUCGCCGUCAUCCGCCGCCUGGCCUCCGCCACCCCCGACACGCUCUACUCUUUCUUCAGCACUGCCGAUUCCAUCGCCUCCGUCUUCUCGGCUUACCGCCACUUGCCCAACUUGAGAGCUUACCACGUGGGAGCCGGAGUACCGGAGGGUCAUGUGCGGGUGGGCAAGCCAGAAGAGGACAUCGAGCUGUUCCUCAGGGCCGCCCCAGCCAACUUCAGGAAGGGGAUGGAGCGGGCAGUGGCCGAGACGGGGAGGACGGUGAGCUGCUUGGUCACCGACGCCUUCUUCUGGUUCGCCGCGGAUAUGGCCGCGGAGAUGGAGUUGCCGUGGGUGGCCUUCUGGACUGCUGGCCCUGCCUCUCUCUCUGCCCAUCUCUACACCGAGCAUAUCAGGCAGACUCUCGGCGCCAGCCUAGGAAUGGACGGGCGAGCAGAUGAGACCCUGCAAUUCAUCCCGGGAAUGUCAAAAAUACGCAUCAGGGAUUUGCCAGAAGGAGUCGUGUUCGGGAACUUGGAUUCACUCUUCUCCCGCAUGCUUUGCGACAUGGGCAGGGCCUUGCCGAGAGCAGCUGCAGUUUUCCUGAACAGCUUCGAGGAGUUGGACCCAACCAUAACCGCUGAUCUCAAGUCCAAGCUCAACAACUUCCUCAACGUGGGUCCCUUCAACCUCACAGCCACUCAGCCCGGCGCUCCCGACGAAAGCGAGUGCAUGUCGUGGCUGGACGGACAAGGGCGGGCCUCCGUUGCCUACGUUAGCUUUGGGUCAGUGACGGUGCCUCCUCGCGAGGAGAUUGUGGAACUAGCAGAGGCCUUGGAAGCGAGCCGAGUGCCAUUCAUAUGGUCUCUCAAGGACCAUCUAAGAGAGAAUCUGCCAGAGGGGUUUCUUGAGAGGAACGAGACAAGAGGGAUGAUGGUGGCAUGGGCACCCCAGGAAGAGAUACUGAAGCAUGCUGCGAUCGGCGCAUUUAUAACGCACUGCGGUUGGAACUCUUUGCUGGAGAGCAUAGGGGGUGGAGGGGUGGCCAUGAUGUGUAGGCCGUUCUUUGGGGAUCAGAGGUUGAAUGGGCGGAUGAUGGAGGAGGUGUGGGGGCUUGGAGUGGGAGUUGAGGGGGGUGUGUUCACCAAGCAGGCCCUGCUGAGUUGCUUGCAGCUUCUUCUGUCCCAAGAAAGGGGGGAAAUCAUGAGGGACAACAUGAGAGCCCUCCGACGACAAGCUGAGAAGGCGGUAGGACCGGAUGGGUCCUCCACUCGCAACUUUGAACUCCUUUUGGACAUUGUAUCAAACGCCUAACAUGUUCUCCCGUCCAACCCACUUUGCACACACCGACUGAAGUUGAAACUUCCCUAUAUUUCUGGCUCAUUGCUUUGGUUGAGCAAUGGGUUGAAUUUAAUUGAAGCUUUUGCCAUA